AUGAGCUCAGCUGCCAAGACAGCCGAAAAGGCUGCUACUGAUUCUCCUUCCUCGUCAUCCAUCGAGGAUCAAACAACAACAGCAGCAGCAGCAGCAGCAGCAGCAGUAGCAGCAGCAAGUUCAGCAACAGAAUCAUCAGGGGCCGCAGCAGCAGCAGAAGGAUCUCUUGCUGCUGCAGCUGAUGGUGAUCUGUUAACAGUUAGUGAUGAUUCUAUACAGCAGCAGGAGAGUGCUGCUGCAGCAACAGCAGCAGCAGCAGCAGCAACAGCAGCAAGAGAUUCGAAGAUAUCGGAUCGUUCUGCAGCAACAGCAGCAGAAGCAGCAGCAGCUGCAUCUGCAGCAGCUGCAUCUGCAGCAGCAGCAGCAGCUGCUGCAGCUGCUGCUGCAGCAGCAGCUGCAGUAGCAGAUGAGGAUUAUUCUAGAGGUGUAUCACGUGAUACAGAUAUGGGUGCUGCAGAACUUGAAGCUGCUGCUGCUGCAGCAACAGCAGCAGCAGCAGCAGCAGCAGCAAAUGCAGCAACAACAGCAGCAACAACAACAGCAACAACAACAGAUACAUUUACAGAAGGAAAAAGACUUGACACAGAACAAAACAGCAGCAAUACACGAUCUCUUCCUCCAUGUAUUACUGAUGCAGAAACCAACAACAGCAGCAGCAGCAGCAACAGCAACAGCAGCAGCAGCAGCAAUAACAGCAGCAAUAGUUCAAUACAUCGAACAAACAGCACAAAUCAUCAACCAACGAACAAUAAUCAUGAUCAUGAUCAUCAACCUCCAACACCACCACCAACCAGCAGCAGCAGCAACAACAGCAGCAACAGCAGCAACAGCAACAGCAGCAGCAGCAGCAGCAGCAACAAAACAAAUAGUAACAGUUUACUAAAAUUACAUGGUGGUUUCCCUAAAUCAUCCCCAACAUCCCGUCAUCAUCUCCGUCCAACACCAACCCCACCACCCAUCACCACCCUCACCACCACCACCACCACCAGCAGCAGCAAGACAACAACAGGAGCAGCAACAGGAACAGGAACAGGAGCAGGAACAGGAACAGGAACAGGAGGAGGAGGAGGAGGAACAGGAACAGGAGCAGGAACAGGAACAGGAGGAGGAACAGGAACAGGAGGAACAGGAACAGGAACAGGAGUAGGAGGAGGAACAGGAACAGGAACAGGAACAGGAACAGGAGGAACAGGAGGAGUAGGAGGAACAGGAGUAGGAGGAACAGGAGGAGUAGGAACAGGAACAGGAGGAGGAACAGGAACAGGAACAGGAGGAGGAGGAGGAGGAACAGGAGUAGGAGGAGGAACAGGAACAGGAACAGUAGGAGGAGGAACAGGAACAGGAACAGGAGGAGGAGGAACAGGAACAGGAACAGGAGGAGGAGGAACAGGAACAGGAACAGGAACAGGAGGAGGAGGAACAGGAACAGGAACAGGAACAGGAACAGGAGUAGGAGGAGGAACAGGAGGAGGAGGAGAGGAUUCAUUAUUACGUUUAUUUCGUUCCGAAUUAUUUGAUAUUCAUUUUCAUAUGUUUUAUUUAUUUCAUAAAAAAAAUCAAUUAGGUAUACAACAAUUUCUUGUACAUUUAUUAUAUACUAAUAGAAAUAUUCAUCAUAUUAAUUAUUAUUUACCUCAAUUAUGUCAAUUAGCAUUAACUAGGUAA